UCCAAGGAGCAGCGCUGCACCGAUUGCGACCAGCUCAAGUUGCCUGGAAAAUUCAAUUGCACAGGUGACUUCCGGGCACGCACGUGAAAGGCGCAGCCUGGAGGUCACAGUGCGAACGCGCGGGCUCAUCCAUUAGCCACGAUGCGUGCCCUUCUACUUGCGGCGGCGGCAUAUGCCGCGCGCAUCCAGAUCGAGGAGGACAGCGACUUCAAGCGGCGCCGGGGCUUGGACGAGGAGGGCUUGAAGAUGCUGGCGGCGGGCAAUACCAGCAUGCUGGAACAUCCCUUUGGCCGGGACGACACUCCAUCUCUGCCUGAAGAGUGGAAGGUACGCCUUGAUAUAGAGGCGAAGAUUGGGGAGGGCGGUUUUGGCCAGAUCUUCCGGUGCAAGGUGAACUGCGCACCCACGACUGAAUUCGUCUCGGUGAAGAUGGUGAAGGAGGACGAAGGCAGCAAGGAGGAGGAGAUUUUGAAAGCGAUGCACGGGGUGUCCGAGUAUUGCAUCUCAACGGUGGGCGAACCAGGCGUCGUGAAGACGGGUGAGGAGACUUGGAUCAUGACGCCCUACUUCAACUCCGGGGACCUUUUCGACCUCCGCAGGCGGUGCAAGACAACCGAGAUGUGCGCCGAAGGGGAGAACCUGCAGUGGUACUGGCCGGCACUGGGCUAUCCGUUUAGCAAGGCCUUCGUGCUCGCAUUGUUCUACCAGGCGCUCCAGGGCACCCAGGCGCUCCACGGCAAGGGGUUCAUGCACAGGGACAUCAAGCCAGAGAACAUCAUGGUCAGCUGCAGUGAAGGCCGGCUGAGGGGGAAGUGCUGGGCCACCUUGAUCGACCUGGGCCUCGCAGGCCCCAAGGGCGAGCAGCGAGCCGUGGGCACCCCCGGGUAUUUGGCGCCGGAGCUGAACCCCUGCGAAUCCGAGUGCGGCAAUCCCAGCAUCGAUGUGUGGUCCUUGGGCGCUACGCUGUACCGCCUGAUCUAUUCCACUCCUCCGCCCUUCAAGAACGACAAGGACGGCUCCCUGGCCAAGACGUACAACCCCUAUGACGACUCCAACAUUCCACGUCCUCCCCACGAUCUCGAUCACCUGAUUAUGGCAAUGCUGGAUCCUGACCCCAGCACCCGGGUCAGCCUGAGGCGUAAGCAUGUGAGCCCCUCCAGGAGCACGUUUCCGCUCAAGUAGUGCCCUGGCCAUGCUGAAGAAGGUGAUCAAAGACACGCGGCCAUCCCAGGAGAUCAUGGAGAUGAUCAGCAAUAGCCCCGUGGAGCGCGGAGCCUCAAACCCGGAGCCAAUGUGUUUGACCGAGAACGUCUGGGGCGACAAAGACAUCCGGAAUGCCGCCUUCGAUCGGGCGCUGUGUGUCGACAAGCCGAAGCAGAGCUGGCAGUACAAAUGUACGAUGUGCAUUCGACACUGCCAGCUGUGCUGCCGCUGCCAUGUUGUACGUCAUGGGCGGACAGAGAAGAACUACUACCGCAGCACAACGUGCAAUUAGGAGUGGUCGGUAGUUCUCUCGACGCACGCAGGACGCGACUCGAGAAAGUGGCC